AAAUUACUUGCUGUUAUGUUCUCGUAUAAGGGUUUCUUGCUUGUUUUCCCAAUAAUCAGAGCGAACAUAUAAAACAAAAAUUAUUUAUAAUUAACUCUAGAAAGCUAUAGAAUGGUGCAAGGGGUAUAUAAAAAAGUAAAGCUUCCUGUUAGCGUACAAAAGAAGCAAAAACGUGCGAGUAACGCCGCCUUUACUAGAAAAGCAAAUGCUCCAAUUAAGGCGAAAAAAAACAAAUUUUCUGAAAGCAAAAAAAUUAAGGACGUCAUAUCGAAAUCAGUUAACAAGGCGGUGGAAAAGGAAAUACGUGCGCGAGCUGCAGAAAGUACGGUCAAUUUGAGUAAGACUCAACAGGCAACAGCACAUCUUAAGAAUGCCACAUGUUUAAGAAAAGCAGUCCCAAUGUAAUCGUAGUUUUUACUUUUUAGUUAUAAAUGCUUUUGGAUUAUAAAUAUGCCGGCUUAAAAGGUUUUCAUAAAUUAUUAUAAAUUUCCUAAUUGUACUUUUUAAAUUAUUAGACUACCUUCAGUUUUUUUAGGUAUUUUGUAUGGUUUACAUAAAGAGCAUUCAGAACGUAGGUAAUGUACUCGCAAUCUCAAAUCGAAAUAGUCACGUUUGGACGUGGAAAAUGCAAUUGCGACGUGGAAACUUUGUCAAAAUAAACAAAGUUUACCUUACAUUUAAAACGCUUUUGUUAAGCUCGAAAAGUAAUGUAAACUUACCGAGAAAUGCAUGAGAAUUUAUUAAGAAUGAAUGUAUGAAUAAAAUGAACUUUCAAAUUUGAUUCGUAGGUUGCGUUAUUUACUUAGUAUAUCCGUGACGUUUGGACGUAUGACAUAAAACGUCGCGUACCGUCAAGUAUGAUAAAAUAUGUUCGCUCUUUACAGUAAACACCCAAACACAUUUUAUACACUUUUCUUUUAAGACGCUUUUGUUUGCAAGCAUUCUGUCCAUUUUUCACUUGAAAAAGGCGUUUAUUGAGAAAACUUUGUAUAAUAUAUAUUAAUAAAAAUAUUUUCCAUCAUUUUCUAUAUUUUUUCCCAUCUUUCUGGCAACAUGGCGAUACCGCGACGAAAUAACGAUAUUGCUAUUCAAUCAUCGACCUAUUUUGACACUUUUUAGAAUUUCUAAACGACGUGCUAGCCGAGCAAUGCUGCAUCGAUCGGAACAAGUAGCAAUUAGAAGACGCUAUGUCUGGUGAAUACGCUGCAGAACUUCCCAUUCGACCUCUAAUAGUGUAUCUUUGACAAGUUUUGCAAAAUGUGGCCGGGCGUUUUUAUGUAUGAGGACGACUUUGCGUCUGUUAACUGCUAUUGCUGGCCUUUUUUGCAACAAUAUAUCAUUUAUCAAGACAUCUGCACUUUCAUUCUACACCUUGCUGAUCCCACCACAUGCACGGCAAAACUUCACGGCCAUGAAUACUCUGCUUCGGUGUCGUUGUGGACCGCUCUCCUGAAAUGACUCUUCUAUGACUUUUUGCGCUUGGGUUUGUCAUAGUAUGCCCACUUUUUAUCGCCACAAUACACCACAGAAAGCUCGUCUUUUUUAUCUUCGCUCAAUUUGUCUGGAAACAGUACAUUCAUUGCCUUUGACCUUUUUGGUCCUUCAGGCCGUUUUUGUCGUUGACAUCAAAAGCAUCACUUUUAAACCGUUGAAAUCAAAAUCGAUAAUUGAGACAUAAUGAAACACCAUCACCAUAAGCUAAAAGGGUUUGACGGGCAGCGGAUUUCUUCAAACCAAACAACAAAAGUAAUAGACGUCGAAAAUACAAAAUUUGAAAGUACCACGAUUAGCGUCUGUUUACAGUGAAAUACUCAAUAAUACCAAAUGGAAAAUUGUCAUCAUCGAAUUUAACCGUUAUGUACAUUUACACUUCGCAUUAUUUUAUCAUUCUCACCAAGUUUGCGGAUCAAAAUACAUGCAUAUGCCUAAUAUUUUCUACCAAUUUAUAUACCCUUCAUCGAAAGAUGAUUUUGCCAAUGCAAUGCCUAGAGGAAAUCUUCAGACACCUUACAAAGUAUACAUAUUCUUGAUCACCAUCAGAUUCUGAAUCGAUUUAAGCGUGUCCAUCUGACAGAUUGUCCCUUUGUGUAAUAUCUGUUUUAAACAAUCUAUCUUCAAUUUGGCAAAAGCUUCAAACUUUGUCUAAACAUUGGAAGUCCUUGCGCGCCGGUGGGUAGUGAAAAUAGGCCCAAUUGUCCGAAGGACGCGCCUAUGUGAAAAAUUUGUUUUUUGAUCAUUGUUUACAAACUAUAGCAUGUAAAUAUGCAAACAUUUGAAUGUAUGUUCCUAGGAGGAUGCUGUACAAAAAUGGAUAAAAUUGACCACGCCUAUCUAAUAUUAGAGUGUGGUAAACAUUCUCUC